CCUGGCCUCUCUGCCGGCGCUCUGGUCUGAGGAGGAGCCCUGAGUGGUUUCGCCGCUUUUGUUUUUCUUCUGGAAACUGCCGUCCCUGCGAGCGCUGUGCGGGGUCGCCGGCCCGACCUCCCGGGGGAAGGUGCGCGUCCCGAGGGACCAUGGAGCCGGGGCGCCCCGCGGGCAGCGGCUGCGGCAGCCCCGCCGGCCUCUCCCGGGAGUACAAGCUGGUGAUGCUGGGCGCCGGCGGCGUGGGGAAGAGCGCCAUGACCAUGCAGUUCAUCAGCCACCGCUUCCCCGAAGAUCACGACCCCACCAUCGAAGAUGCUUAUAAAAUCCGGAUUCGUAUUGAUGAUGAGCCUGCCAACUUGGACAUUUUGGAUACGGCUGGACAGGCAGAGUUCACGGCCAUGCGGGAUCAGUAUAUGAGGGCGGGAGAAGGGUUCAUCAUCUGUUACUCCAUCACCGACCGUCGAAGUUUCCAUGAGGUCCGGGAGUUUAAGCAGCUUAUCUACAGAGUUCGACGCACUGAUGAUACCCCUGUGGUCCUGGUAGGAAACAAGUCUGACCUAAAGCAGCUAAGACAGGUCACCAAGGAAGAAGGAUUGGCUCUAGCCCGAGAAUUCAGCUGUCCCUUUUUUGAGACGUCCGCUGCAUACCGCUACUACAUCGAUGAUGUAUUUCAUGCUCUCGUCCGGGAGAUACGCAGGAAAGAAAAGGAGGCAGUGCUGGCCAUGGAGAAAAAAUCUAAACCCAAAGCCAGUGUAUGGAAGCGGCUGAAAUCACCUUUCCGGAAGAAGAAGGACUCCGUGACUUGAAGGGAAGAUGUGCAUGUUCGCCUGUGAACCGCAGGGUUUACUCCGCGCGACCCCGUGGCCUGCACGAGUGAGCAUGGUGCUCGCUCCUUCUCCUGUCAUGACCGUUCCUCUAAAUGUAACUGACGAAGGGGGUAUGCCCAGUGGGAGUUUUCAGCGACGUGGUGUUUAGAAUACUGUCUUUUAGCUAAUUCUGAUUUAUUAACCCAGCAGAGCACUGUCUACUUGUAAAUUGUCACAUUAGAAUUUGAUCUACCAACGUUUCGGGUUCUGUUCCUGAUAUUAGUUAGUGUCGAUGUUUCUGCCCUGGGGGAGUCUCUGCACCGUGCGUGUUCGGCGAAGCGCACGAGGCGUUUUUGCCGUGCGCUACUCCGUGUCUGUUUCAGCUCCGGCACCCCACACCUUUCCAGGGAAGGACCUCGCUUCUCCUCACAGGUGCUUCCCGGACACACAGCGAAAACUACGGAGACCAGGUUCAGGGUGUCGCUGUGGAACUGCUUCCUGUUGCAGACGAGGGACUGAUGAGAUCAGGGACACCAGGCAGCAGAGGGGGGCGGGUGGGACUCCACUAGGGGAGAGGUGGUGGCGGGACCAUGUUCGCAGUUCAAGCCUGGCUGUCCUGGGAAGUGCACGUUCCACCCAAACGCACUGAGGUGAGGACAAGCAGAAGUGAGUGGAACGUGUGAAGGUUUCUUCUGGGAAGAUACUUUGUUCUUCCUUUCAGAAUUUAGCCCUUCCUUAGUGUCCGAGGCAUCGGCUUUGGGAGCCAUUGCUGGAUCACUGAACUCUGGUUCACACCCUUGGUUGGGGCAGCCGUGGCCUGGGGCAGGUGGAUUGGCUCCCCCAGAGAGGCGCGCACCGGUCCGGUGACCUGAGUGCCUCCCAGCGCUUCCCUGUGCUCUCCCGCAGAGGAGGCCCUGCAGAACGAUUUCUCGGUCCUUCGUCAACUGCCUGCAUUGUCCUGUCCGUAGGGAAGCGACAUCAGGAGUUAGAGUAAAGCCAUGUACGUGCCUCAGCACAGACAAUCACUAGACUCCAUGCUCAGAGAAGCCUGGGGCGUCUCUGUGCUGAGAGCCAGGUGUGAAGCUCUAGAAUUCCUGUGUGUGGAGUUUCUCACUGCAGAUUUCUGUAUAGGGACCUUGUGGAGUUCACUGCACAAUGUCUGAGCCUGGACAAAACUUAGCCUCAGAGAAUACCCCCUUGAUGGUUGUGCGUGGCUGGGAAACAAGUGUCCUGGGAAGGAACAGCUGUAUGGGUGGUGAGUUCGCUCUGUCGAAUCAGGAUUCUUAUGCCGUCUGGACUUAGCGGCGUGUGGAGGCGACGUGCAGACUGGACGUUAAGUGUCCCGGACAAGUUUGUGACCAUCUUAACCCUGAAGAACGUGGCCGCGGCCUCUCUUGGUGCACACCUCGGCUCACUGCUUUCCAAAACUGCACGGGUGGGCAGAAGGACAGGGUUGUCAUGUUUUUUCCUCCUAUUCAAGGUGAUGGCUGUUCCAGGUUUAAAGAGGUGAUGGUUGCUACUUUUUUAGCGAGGUCAUGGUCCCUUUUGAAACCAAAUUGUGUUUUAUGGUAGUCGGGCCAUCCAGUCGUGAGACUCAGGAUUUGAACUUAUGCAGGACAGAAAUCUGAUAGGAACCCCAGCACUUUAGAGAUGUGUGGCAGUAGAAAAGAAAUGCAGUGCAAUUCUAUUUUAACAGUAUUUCACCACAUUUAAGUUAGCGUAAAGCCUUUUACACAUAAUGUCUUAACUUCUCAUUACUGAUGACCGAGGGAAUUGUAAUUGGCGUCCGGCAAGAACUUGACAGGUGUGUGGUCAUUCAGGACAUUAAAGGCAGCAGAGAACAUUGCCGGAAAGAUCUAUAAGACAGGAGGGAAUUUGUACUGUGUAUGAGAAAAGUAACAAAUUUAUGUUUUUAAGACAGGGUCCUAUAUUCGAAUGGUCAUUGGAUUAAUUAGCCCAUUAGUAUUGAGAAUUCUAUUUAUGGUGCUAAAUAGUUCGAGGGGGGAUGAUGUGUGUAGGUAACAGUUCUCUUCUUAGUGACGGUAAGUGUGUAACUUACGAGUUCUGAAGCGUCAGGUUUAUCUGGUCAAGGGCAUUAAAAUCAAUUACUGCCUGGAACGUCGGAGAGAGAAACGUUCAGGCACACAUUUGAAAGCAGUGGGACUGUCGAUGCCUGCGCCUGAUUGUUAAGUUAGAAAAUUUAGACGCUCACUUCUAGAAUGAACGGUUAGAUUUCAGGAGGGACAUGUCUAACUUUGUCUUCUUUUAGCAAGAGUUGGCCUACUGUGAUGUUUGGGGGCGGGGGAAGGAAGAGUGGCCUUUCCCUUCUGUGCGUGUACGUGAAGACACUUUAUGUGACACAAUACAGAACUUUC